AAGCCAAAUAAAACAUUAUUAUUAUUAUUUUCUCCUAAGAAACCCAACCUUAUGUUUCCCAAAAAGAGCGCCAACAGAACCGAAAGAUCUGUUGAGACAAACACAUUGGAUUAACCCACAACUAAUUUCCUAUCCCAACUCCAAUCUCAACGCGUCAGCAUAUACCUGGCAAUUCUUGCCUGGUCUGUUUUAGGCCUUUAGCAUACCAAAAAUGACCAAAUUACCACUCUGUAAACCCAAAAAUCCUCGUCACCCAUUACGUGGCACACCGUGAUUCGAAGCAUCAACGCAUGCAUCGCACCCGAACAUUCAUCUUCCCUAUAAAAUGCACUCACAUUUUCCAUUAACUUGAAAGAAGACUUUCCAAAACGACCCUAAAAAUUUCCGUUAUUUCUAUUUCCGACCCGUUGGUUUUAAAUUUUGACAUAAUGAGCUCAACAGUGCAUUUUCAUGCAAAGACAGAGAGUGGAUUGUGCUGCCCACCGCCGUUGAAGCUCAACAAGGAUUCCCAUAUCAUCAAGAAAUCUUCGCCGGCGUCGUCGUCUUCCACCACCUCUCGCACGGCGCCCCAACAACAGCAACGUCACGGCCCGGUCAUAAUCUACACGCAUUCCCCAAAGAUCAUUCACACGCACCCCAAGGACUUCAUGUCACUGGUGCAGAAACUCACCGGGUUGUCGCGCGCAGAGGAGGACGAAGGUGUUGUCGUGGGUCGUCGCCAAUGUCAUAGGUCCUCCGAAACAGGUGGUUCUAAUGGUGCUGCUUCGACAACGACGACGGAGGAAGAGGAGGACAGCAUGAAGAGCGGGAGGAUCCUGUUGGGAAAUGAUGACACCGAGUCGUCGUCGGUGAUCACCGAAGAGAACUGCAGCAACGUUGUCGGCGAUGGCAAUGUCAGCCAAGUGAAUUCCUACUUUUUGCCGCCGAUGUUUGAGCCUCCGUUGAACCCAUAUAUGGCCGAUAUACCGGUAUUUACGCCGAAUUCGGCCGAUUUUUUGCCUUACAACCAGCCAUUUUAUGGUUGCACCGAUUCUAUCUUUUACAUGCCUAAUAAUAUGACUAAGGCGAAUGAUUUCUAGGACUACUAAUUUAAGGUUUUUUUUUUUUGUAGUUAAUUUUUAAUAAUCUUGAAUUAAUUAUCAAUUAUUUAUACAUUCAGAUGUUUCAUUUUUUUCAUGAUAGCAAUAAAAGUUCUAUAUCUUCUUU